CCGAACUCAGUUGAGCAACAUCGAGAAAAAAACCCACUACCCGCUAAACGCCGACACUCUCUCUCACCCGGUCAAAACACCAAGUUACAAAAAAAAAAACAGUGCCCUACCCUACCCGGUUGUGUUAACGUGUGUGUGAGACGUGAACAGUGCCGGACAUGUUCUCCGCCAUGGAGGAAACCAAGACGGAAAUCAAAUCGAAAAUCUCGUUCAGUGUUGAAUCGUUGCUGUCGUCGCCGAAAACGUCGUCGGACUGCGACGACAAGCUGGAAAAGCUCGAAGAAAACUCCGACCUGGACGUGUCCAGCGAACGUCUGGAGGACGAGGACGAGAACAUCACGGUGGACGACGACGAAGACGACACGGACGGCAGGGAGAGUCUGAGUCCCAACUCCUCGCACACCGUGAUCGUGCCCCAACCUUUGCACCCUUCGAUGCCCAGGAUGAUACCACCGUCGCACACGCAAUGGCCUUUUUCCUGGGUCGGACCACAAACUCUCAUGAGAUCCACAUCACCACAAGCAAACCUGGCCAGCAUGGCAGCAAACGGCCCGCCGAUAGUGCGCUGCGCCCUCAGGAAGCACAAGCCGAACCGCAAGCCACGCACCCCCUUCACCACCCAACAGCUCCUGGCCCUGGAGAAGAAGUUCCGCGACAAGCAGUACCUGAGCAUCGCCGAACGCGCCGAGUUCUCCAGCUCGUUGCGAUUGACCGAGACGCAGGUGAAGAUCUGGUUCCAGAACAGGAGGGCGAAGGCAAAACGGCUGCAGGAAGCGGAACUGGAGAAGAUGAGGCUGACGGCCAGGCCGCAUCUGUUGCCCCCCACGUACGGACUGUUCCCGGGCGGUGCACCGCUGAUAUCGCCAUUCUUGGCGGCGAUGGCGCACCGGCCGCCCCAUUUCGGGUUCACCGGUCCCAGUCCGAUACUGAACAUACCCCAAUGACAGUUGCAAAGUGAUAUGACGGACUAAAAUGCGCGUGUACCUUCCGAUAGUUUUUAGUUGCGGAUGUUCAGUCGGUCGUUCGUUUGAUAGUGAGAUUUUCGGCUCCCAAUUUUUUGGUGGUCGUGUUUUUUUUUGUUUGUAAGUAAUGUUGAGGAGGUUGUACAUACGGGGGAUGUUUGCAGUGCAAUUGUUUUUUCGGUUCGGGGCCGCAUCCAAAUUUUAUUGUAUAAAUAAAAGACUGAUUAGUACUUUGUUUUUAAUAUUUAAUUUUUAUUUUUGUAUAUGUGUAAACUAUGUGUUUAUUGUACAAAGUCUUAUUUAAUUUGUUGUAUAUUAUUGUACAUAGAAAAUAUAUGAAUACUAAAUGUUUGUUUUUAUA